AUGGACAUUCCGCCUGCGCAUCCUGGACCUGCCGAGGAUCAGCUAUUAGUGUUGCAGGGCGACCAUAGGUCCUCCUUUGUAUGGGAGGGACAGCUAUCGGAUGAGCCUCUCCGCGCCAGGAGACCUGACGAUUUGUGGGAGUUCAUGGCGCAGCAUCCUUUCCAUGCCCGCAUAGUCGCGCGCCUACAGGCUACGGGCUUCUAUACGAUUUUUCGGAUUGGGCGGAUGCAGCUUGAUUGGUCUCUCAUUACGGCCUUGGUAGAGCGGUGGAUACCGGAGACGCAUACUUUUUACUUGCCCACUGGAGAGGCCACUAUCACGCUGGAAGAUGUUCAGGUUUUGUACGGGCUGCGCAUAGAUGGACGGGCACUGCCCCAGUACAUUAGAUCCAUGACGCGUGGACAAUAUUUGGAUAUGAUGGGGCAGUUUACUGGUUAUAGACCUCAGGGUGACGAUGUACAGAGAGGGGGCAUUCGCGUUGCUUUGUCAGGCAUCAGAGAUCAUAUGGCGUUUUUGCACCCAGACAUUACCGGCGAGACGGAGGAUCUCCAUAUUGAGAGGUUGCGGUUGGCGUUGCUCCUGCUUUUCGGGUGUGUCUUGUUCCCGAACACUUCGGGGAGUCUAGUGAGUAUGCGUUUUCUCCAUCAUCUUCAGCAGCUGGAUGAUUUACCCUUGUACAGCUGGGGUGCUUCUGUUCUUGCAUACCUGUAUAGGAGCAUGUGUCGGGCGAGCAUACUUUGCGCGGUGGACAUAUGUGGAUUUCUGCCCCUCCUACAGGUUUGGGUCUGGCAGCGGAUCAUGCCGUUGCAGCCACCUCUACCACCACUUGCGUCCGGUGAGGCUUAUCUGUUUCUCCCUCUAGCUUCUAGGGAUGUGUUAGAUAUGCUGGUGGCCGGACAGCGACGAGUUGCUAGCUCAGCUGCCCGAUUAUUGCUUAGUCGACCAACUGUUUUGGAGAACCUCCGUUCCGAUGAUCUUCUUCGAUAUGGUUGA